AUGAUUUCUUUCUGGAAGAAUCUAUUCAAUCGCAAGAAGGCUUUGGGCUCAUUAGAAGCACCUCCACCAUACAAUGACACAAAUCCUAAAUUCUCCACAGCUGCCGAAACCUCCGCCCAAUGGUUUAUACCCUCUCAUGAUGUGAAGGCUCAAUCCUCCGCGGCCACCAAAACCAAUCCAAGUACUCCAUCGCCUACGUUUCCGCGUAUUCAUAUACUCACAACGAACACCCGUCCGAAUAUUACCUCACAAAGUAUUCCACAAUGGAAUUGGAACCAUGCUGAAUGUCGAUUAUGGAUAUUCAAAAUGUUGACUGAUAAGUGCGGUAGAUCAGAACAUUCUUACGAGCUGGCCAUGAUGUGGGAAGGCUUUGGCCCGGCAUUAUUCAUGACUAAACAUAGUACAUGGCAGAAGUGGUUAGGGCCAAAUGAUGGAAUAUCAAUUCAUAGUGUUAUUAUGGAGAACUUGCGGUCAGAGGGAGCGGUACCAAGUAAUCUAGCGAUUCAGACUAGUGGCCCGAAAUGUACUGAUAUUUAA